AUGGCUCACUCCAUCAUCGAGCAGGUCGCGGUCGAGCAGCUGCAGGCCAACGAAUUCGUCUCGCGCUCGAAACCAAUUAGAAUGGGAAACGCGCAACCGAUCGCCUAUGGAGGAAGCACCAUUUCAGUCGCCGUGAGCUCGGCGUGCGCAACAGUCCCCGCAGAGUAUUCGCUCUACUCUGUGCUCGGCCACUUCCUGGGGCCUGCGUCCACCGAACAGAAGUUGUACUGCACCGUCCAGGAAGUACGGACAACCAGAUCGUUUGCAACGCGCCGCGUCCAGGUCAAGCAGAAGCAGGCCGACGGCAGCUUUCGCCCGUGCAUGGAGCUGACCGCCGACUUCCAUGUCAGCGAGCCGUCGCUGCUGGAGUAUUCUGCGCCGCCUGCUGGGACCUAUCCGAAGCCCGAGGACUGCCCGGGCUACCUUGACUAUGCGGAGACACUGAGGAAGAAGGGACUUGUGACGGAUGACGAAGCCAAGGGGUUCAAGCAAUCCAUCGGAGUAGGAAACAAUUUCUUCGAGUCCAGGCUCUGCGUGAACGGAGUCUCGGCCCAAAACCUGUUUGGUGCGGCCAAGGGCAAUGUCACAACACAGGACAGUCUACCCAUCACCUCCAAGAAGUCCGCCGAGUGGCAGCGAUCACACGUCCCAGUCACCACGCCGGCGCAGAACGCGGCCGUGCUCUCGUUCUUCAUGGACGGGGCGCUGUCGUUCCUCCCGCUCUCGCACAACCACAUGGGGUUCGGAGAUGCGGGCGCCUGCUCGUCGCUGGACUUUGCGCUCCGCAUCUUCGUCACGGAGGUGAAGAUGGACAGGUGGCACCUGAGGGAGAGGAUCACCUCGCGCGGAGGCAACGGGCGCACCUAUUCGGAGGGGAGGUUGUACGACGAGUCGGGCGUCCUUGUGGCGUCCAUGACGCAGCAGAGCAUCAUGCGUCCCCUCAAGGGCGCUUCAGUUUCCAGGCUGUGA